AUGAUUAUUGUCAAUAAUUCACUUUUGUCAAAAAAUACAACAAUACAAUCUGUUCAUUCGUAUCUAAAUUCAACAAACGAAAUUCAUGAUACAUCAUCGUCUAGUACGAUAAUUACGAUUAUUAUUCUAUCAUUUUUAAGUGUAUCUGGUUGGAUAUUUAUGUCAUAUGCACUUUUUGGUCGAUCUGAAGCUUAUCGUACAAAGCCUGAUGAUCAAUAUGGUGUAUCACAUCAUACAGACAAUCCAGAUAGAUCAUAUCCUAAUGUUUUUACAGUUGGUCUUGAUUAG